CUAUUUUUAUUUAAAUAUCAAUUAGAAAUUAGAAUUUGGAAGAAUUUGAUAAAUUAAUGGAAAUCUAAAUUGCACAAAAGAUGAAGAGUGAUUCAUAAUUAAAGUACAAAUGAUUGAUAUGCUAUUUUAUGAUAAUUAGCAAAUUUUCAAAUAAGAAUUUUUAAAAAUUUGACAUUAUGGGAAGCAGCAUAAAAAUAAUCACUACCACGGAAUUAAACAAUUCGCGGGUUAAUAAUUCGAAUUAUACAGAACUAUUACCGAUUGAUAUGCGAUUCAACGAAGGUCAUAUUAUUAGUAUUGUAUUUUACAGUGUGUUAAUGAUAAUAUCCGCCAUCGGGAAUACGACGGUGUUAAUAUUAAUUACAUGUCGUAAACGUGUAUCGAAAUCGAGGAUACACAUUAUGUUAAUGCACCUUGCGAUCGCUGAUCUACUUGUUACUUUUUUAAUGAUGCCAUUGGAGAUUGGUUGGGCGAUCACUGUUUCCUGGAAAGCAGGGGACGUGAUGUGCCGAAUAAUGGCUUUCUUUAGAAUAUUUGGUCUGUAUUUAUCAUCUUUUGUUCUGGUAUGCAUAAGUAUGGAUAGAUAUUAUGCAGUAAUAAAACCACUUCAAUUGUGGGAUGUUGAUAAAAGAGGUAAAAUUAUGCUAUCCUUUGCUUGGAUAGGAUCUAUUGUGUGUUCGUUACCUCAGACGAUUGUAUUUCAUCUAGAAACUCAUCCAAAUAUCACAUGGUAUUCACAGUGUGUCACGUUUAAUGCUUUUCCAACAUAUACUCAUGAAAUAACUUAUUCUCUCUUUGGAAUGAUUAUGAUGUAUUGGUUUCCUCUGGUGGUAAUAAUAUAUACUUAUACGAGUAUUUUAUUGGAAAUACGUAGAAGGUCAAAAAAAAGCGAAGAUGGUAAAAUUCGUCGUUCUUCAAUAGGUUUUCUUACACGAGCAAAAAUACGAACUUUAAAAAUGACCGUGAUUAUUAUAGCUGUAUUUUUUGUUUGCUGGACACCAUAUUAUGUCAUGAGUCUCUGGUACUGGAUUGAUCGAAAUUCAGCAUAUAAAAUUGAUCAACGAAUCCAGAAAGGACUCUUUCUAUUUGCUUGUACAAAUUCUUGUAUGAAUCCUAUUGUUUAUGGUGCAUUUAAUAUUAGAGAUCGCAAUAAGACAUCUGCAAGACCAACAACUAUAGAAACUAGAGUCACACCAUUAUCAUUAUCGCUCAAACUUCUUGAUUAAUGUUUGUUCAUGUGUGAGAUAUUAACUGUAUUCAUAAUAUUAGAUCUAGUCGUUAUAAUUUAUCAAAUUUGACUGUGAUUAUGAUAAAUUAUAUAAUUA